AUUUACCAUGAAGAAAACCAGCGCAUGAGAGCUAAUUGGUGCGUAAGUAAUUUAGAAGGCGAAAGCUACAUACAUAAGGGUUGUAGGUGGGAUUUACAUUAAACGGAAAAUGUCUUUACUUACACUAACAUGAAAAAUAGCAUCUUGCAGAAGAUGCACUGUCCAAAAAGACAGUUCACAAGUCUCGUAAUUAUAUGCGAUAAUGUCUCGCGAGAUGAUAGGCGGAAGCUGGCAGGUGGGUCUUCCUUGUUGGACGAGCGAUGCACUCAGCUGCUGUUGGACCUGUGUGCUGGAGCUGGGCUGUGCCGCCUGUGAAACACGGAAAGGAAUAAUUAUCCGCAGAUAUUGAAGUACCCAUCUUAACUUGUGUUACCGCAUGUUUCUGUUGAAGAACUUAAAGUUUUCAUGUUGUGCGACUUAUCGUUGCUGUGCAGUCGUUCACUGGCAUUUUUGCCAGCGACAAAUUACAGUAAAUUCCAAGGGGUCGUCGUAAGCUGCACCCUGGUAAGUGCAUUCAGUACAGACGAUGACAGGAGAAAAGAUUCGAUCCCUUCGUAAGGAUCACAAACCAAGCAAGGAUGAGGAUUUAUUGGAGCCAGACGAGGAAGCUGCAACUGGGACAUUCACAUCAUCAACUCGGACUAUCAGUGGUAAAGGGAAAGCUAACAAGAUCUUCAGCAAUCACAAGAUUACCAAGUCUGCGGCGACACAACAGCAACACAACCAACAACAAUCACAAGUCAAUGCAAACACUAAUACAAUUGCAACCUCAGAUACCAUCGAUGACAAGAACAAAAACCCCAUCAUUCGAACCGGCCAGGACUUUCCAGUACACGAAUGUGUCUUUAAAGGAGAUGUGCGGCGAUUAUCCUCUCUCAUUCGAACUCAAAAUAUAGCCCAGAAAGAUGUACACGGGAAUACGCCACUGCACCUUGCAGUCAUGAUGGGUCACAAAGAGUGUGCCCAUCUGCUCCUGGCCCACAAUGCACCUGUGAAGGUGAAGAAUGCCCAGGGCUGGAGCCCACUCGCUGAGGCCAUCAGCUAUGGAGAUCGACAGAUGAUCACAGCACUUUUGAGGAAACUGAAGCAGCAGUCUCGGGAGAGCGUGGAAGACAAGAGGCCCAAGCUGCUGAAAGCCCUCAAAGAGCUUGGUGAUUUUUACCUAGAGCUGCACUGGGAUUUCCAAAGCUGGGUGCCUUUACUGUCAAGAAUACUUCCAUCUGACGCCUGCAAAAUUUACAAACAGGGCAUCAAUAUCAGGCUCGACACGACACUCAUCGACUUCACGGACAUGAAAUGCCAGCGCGGCGACCUGAGCUUCAUCUUCAAUGGCGAUGCGCCGCCGGCGGAGUCCUUUGUGGUGCUGGACAACGAGCAGAAGGUGUACCAGCGCAUCCACCACGAGGAGUCGGAGAUGGAGACGGAGGAGGAGGUGGACAUUCUGAUGAGCAGUGACAUCUACUCUGCCACCCUCUCCACCAAGUCCAUAACCUUCUCACGAGCACAGACCGGAUGGCUCUUCAGGGAGGACAAGACGGAGCGUGUGGGUAACUUCCUGGCGGACUUCUACCUGGUGAACGGCCUGGUGCUGGAAUCCCGUAAGCGGCGCGAGCACCUGAGCGAGGAGGACAUCCUGAGGAACAAGGCCAUCAUGGAGAGCCUCAGCAAGGGAGGCAACAUCAUCGAGCAGAACUUCGAGCCGGUGAGGCGACAGUCUCUCACAGCUCCCUCACCAAACACCGUCUCCUGGGAGGAGUACAUCACGGCCGAGAACGGAAAAGCGCCUCACCUAGGCAGGGAGCAAGUAUGUAAGGAGAGCAAGAAGAACUUCAAGGCCACCGUAGCCAUGAGCCAGGAUUUCCCCCUGGGCAUCGAGUCACUGUUGAAUGUUCUGGAGGUCAUUGCCCCCUUUAAGCACUUUAAUAAACUCAGAGAAUUUGUCCAAAUGAAGCUACCGCCUGGGUUCCCUGUUAAACUAGACAUCCCGGUGUUCCCCACCAUUACGGCCACCGUCACCUUCCAGGAGUUCCGCUACGACGAGUUUGAGGACUCCAUCUUCACCAUCCCCAACGAGUACAAAGAGGACCCCAGCCGCUUCCCUGACCUUUGAACCCAAAUAACCCCCCACCCCCAACACACCACCCCACCCCUCACCACCCACUACCCCCCCAUGACUCCUAACAACCGACAGAGAGCAAUGUCUCUCCACGGUGUCUCGCGGCUCUAAACUAAAGGACUGCUUUUUGGACUCACACAGAAGGGCAUUGAUGCCGUCGUGUUCUUAUAACAGGGGGUGAAAUAACAUAGGGAGCUUUUUAAUUUUUCUUUUUCUUAUUUUUUUUUGUUUGUUUUUCAUUUUGUAUAAUACGGAUGUGCUGUAUGUAAUGUCAUGUUUUGUUUGUUUGGAAAAG